CUCAGGGCGCUGAGCGGGGAGUAUAAAAGGGGCAUCCUUCCCACUCAACAGAGAAGUGCUCUCCUCACUCUCACACACUCCUCUAAUACGCUGAAUCUCUUUUCUCAAGAUGACUGCAGGGCUGUGUGUGUGUGUCGUGCUGGCAGUCCUGUGUAUGAGCUGUCUGGGGCUCCCCCUCUCCUCUCAGCCCCUAGACGAGAGCCAGCGCUCCAUCUCUGCUCCUUCUGAAGCUCUCCUUGAGGUAGACACCCACAUCUUAGGAGAGCCCCAUCUCCGACACAGCCGCUCUGCCCCCCAGCUGAAAGCUCUUCCUGUGGCUGAGGAGGAUGGAGACUCCCGGGCCAACCUCAGUGAGCUGCUGGCAAGACUCAUCUCCUCCAGAAAAGGUUCUGUGCGCAGAAACUCCACAGCGAACAGCAGAGGCAAUGGACUGAGUGCCAACCAUCGGAUAGCAGACAGGGACUACUUGGGCUGGAUGGAUUUUGGCCGUCGCAGCGCAGAGGAGUAUGAGUACUCCUCGUAAAAAGGGGAAGUCACAGCUCAUUCCCCCUCCAUACAGGCACACAAGAAAAUGAAGAAAAAAACCCAUGCAAGCUGGCUCCUCACUGUCUCACAAUAAGAGUCUAUUUAUGAUGUAUUUGUUGUACAUUUGUUUGUAAAACUGUAAUAAUGCAAUAUAUAUAUAUAUAUAUAUAUAUAUAUAUUAUAUAUAUAUAUAUAUAUAUAUGCCAAAUUUUGCAGAAAAGCUCUCACUGUCCAUGGUUUGUUUGUUUCUGGUUUUCUCUGGUUUCUUUAUCAUUUUUGGGUGGAAUGGACUGGGAUGGUGUCAGGGUCUGUUGAGACUAACUGGACUGAAUAAAGAUUGAAAAUAUCA